AUGCUCAUCGGCAAAAAGUUAUCUCUGCCUCCACCCUCCUUAUAUGCCCUACAAGCACUUGAACUGAGUCCCCGGCUGGGCAGUUCCAACAAUGAUACAAAGGAAAUGGAUGGAAAGGUGUCCAGAAGAGGAUUUGGUGGAACUUCGGCUCCGGCAACAUUAGAAGGGGAACGACCAGCAUCGAUGGCAUUGUCCCCGGUCGCUGGUCCACCUAGGGCUAUGGGGACGGAAUCUGAAGCAAAAAUAUCAUCUCCUUCACAACGAGAUUCAAGUGAAAGGGAAACUUAUCGGUCACCUAACCACUCCGAAUUUCGCACAGAAAGACCCGAGUCUUCAUGCUCUCCUAAAAUUUCACAGAAAGACCUUGCCGCAUCAGACGACCGGAUGGUGAUUGAGGAAGGAAAUCAGACGUCUUCAGUAACAGCAAAGUCCUACAAAGGGCCAUUUCCCAAUAAACUGAGGCCACUGUCACGUCCUCGAGAUUCUAUGCUACAGUGCUUGCAAUUACUAGACAAUCCGGAAUGGGAAAAAACUAUGCAGGGAUUGCAGACAUUGGUGUGCCUCCUUAAGUUCCACACCAUGCUUCCAAUGACAUAUUUGCAUUCUGUCAUGGUAUUGCUGGCAAAACAAGUACGGAAUCUUCGUUCACAAGUUUCCAGAGCAGCAUGUAUGGUAUCUUCCGAGCUUUUUUCAACUCUGGGACGAGCUGUAGAGAAUGAUCUGGACGAACUGGCAGGACCACUAUUUCAUCGAUCGGCUGACACAAACAAAUUCCUCAGAGCCGAUUGUAACACUGCCUUGGACAGCAUGGUGGAAGCUGUUUCUCCCUCCAAAGCAGUAUCAGUUAUUGUUACAAAAGGAGCAAGUCAUCAAAACGCUAUUGUCCGUACUACAGCAGCGAGACUCCUGUAUGCAGUUGUGUCAAAAAUUGGCACAGAUCGCGUCAUGAUGGCCUCACAAGAUAUGCGUGACAAGAUUAUCUUAACUGGUGCAAAUUUGUUGACCGAAGGGAGUCUUGAUACAAGAUGCCAUGCCAAGCAAAUUUUCCGCUGCUUAUCGAAAAAUGAAAAUUUUAAUCAUAUACUCCAGGAAGUUUUACCUGCAUCUCUGUUGCGGCAUAUAAGAAAAACAUUACAAAACUUGAAGUAGCUUUUUAAGUGUUGUGCAUUACAUGCGACAUUUCCAAAUUUUGUAACAGUGUUGUUUGAAGCUACAUGUUAAACAGAACUUUACUCUAUAUUUCUAACAGAUAUAUUUUUACUUUAGACAUUAGAAAUGCUGAUAAUGAAAAGUUAUUUAAAAAAUUGAGUUAUACGAAUGUUAAUCAAGAAGAUAGUUUGUUGGUGUACAUCUUCCUGGACACUAGACAGAACAUGCGCAGUUUCCUGUGUGAGAGUUGUGUUAAAUAAUAUUCUCAGCGUGAUGAAAAAAUAGAUAAUGUUCUGCAUUUGUUGUUGAUAAAUGAUCCUAAAAUUACAUGACUUGUUGAGUGAAAACACAUGCUUAGAUGAGUUUGAAAGGAAAUGAUCAUUCUCUAGAGCUCUCAGGCAUAAUCACACUGUGUUGAGCAAGCACUACUGCAUCGCAUCUGACUUGAGUUUUGGAAUGACAUGUAUGUAGUUAGUUCUGCACUUGUGGGGCGAACUCAAAAUACCAAAACUGCGAACAGCUUUGUGGAGUGAAGUUAGAAAUUUGACGUAAAUACUAAGCCGAGAAUCAGAAAAUGGUCGAUUUAGCGUUUGUCUCCGGAUAACUUUUGAAUCGAAAACAAAAUCUUGGCAGUUUUUAGCCUUUCGAAUGAGAUAAUUAAUGCCUCACUUUUAAGGAAACGAUGUUAAAACGAUGUUGAUUGAAUCAAAGUCAAGAGACCGACUGUCAAGAUGUCGUCGCAGUUCUACCUAAGUUGAUAGUAGGCUUUAACCUGAGUGACUAGUCGGAAACAUUGAAGUCAUGUUUAAUGUUGGUGAACACGGAGAAAUACACAACAAAACACUGUUGCAAAAUAAUUUUAAAAAUGUUAAAUAAAAUCCUAAUGUAUUUUAUGAUGACCAACGUAUGUCAAGCACUUUAUUCACAUGAUAGACAUUGAAACCACAAUUAUAUAACACUCUUAAUUUGCAAGUUUCCUUCAUUAAGAAAAGACAAUAAUUCAUUUCAGAGUUCCAGGAAACAGAAAAGAUUCUGCACGGAUAUCAUUUAGUUCACAAGGUUCUUCAAAUUCAUCAAUAGAUCAAUAAUAUAACUUUUGUAAGAAUGUAAUUUAUACCUUGUUUUGUAAUAUUUCUUUACUGUACUGAAAUGCUGAAAAUUAAUGCACAUUUCAUAAACAAAUAAAUAUAAUACUGUGAAAAG